GAGGUCAGGGGCGGCUCCUGGGUGGCCAGACUUGUUCCUGUUUCCAGGGGGGCCCUUGAGUCCCACAUCCACCCUGCCCUGUCCCCUGGCUGGACUCGUGGCCCUCAGAGAUGGGGGUCCCCACAGACACCCUGGUCCCUGGGGACACAGCAGCAGCAGGGGGUGCUACAGGGGUCUUCAUGCCAGUCAGGUUCCCAUGCUGACCCCGGUGCAUCUCACCAUGAGUUUCGAGAAGUUUCUGGGCCUUUGUUUCCCCACCUGUAACAGGGCUUUAGAAUCCCAGGGAGAGGCCAUGCCUGAUCUGCAAGCAGGAGGCGGGGAGUCUGCUGUCCACUGUGCCCAGCACCCUGAGUGUCCAGUCUUUACCCCCUGAGGCCUCAGUUUCCCCGGGCGUGUGCUAUGGAGAGGAAUACCUAAGAUGGGGUGCCGGGUUCAGAUCCGCUCGCCCUUGGACAGGAGGGACACUCUGGGCCUCUAGGUCCUAAUCUGCCCAACAGGGAGGAAAGGCCCUGUGUGAGCUGGGGGGCCAGGCGAGGCCUGCACCCUGGUUGGACCUCCGGGCAGCCACCUGGGCUGUGCUGGGCCCUCCAGCACAUCUACUUUAAGUCCCCCAAGAUGUAGAGCCAGGGGUACUGGAAGGAGAGAUGAUGAGAUGAGAGAUGAGAUUCAGGGGGGCCAUGGCCAGCCUUAGGGCUGCUCAGGACAGAGCCCCAGCCUACAGUCCUGAAGCCCGAGCCCUCUGCACUGUGCCCCAGCCCGUAGACAGCGCUGGGCGAAGAGGUCAGCCUACCCCUGUGAUCCGGGCUACCUGAGGCCCCGUGGGUUCUCUGGCUCCGACGGAGCAUCCGGCCUCAAUGUGCCCUGUUGGCAGAGGGGCCUCAAGCCCUCGUCCCGUGCUUUGUGUGGACAGGACCACAGGGUCUGUCCCAGCAGUCCUGGGAGAGUAGCAGUGUGCCUUGCCCACUUCCUGGAGGAGAGGAGAGCCAAGGUCCCAUCUGGGGCGUGGCCCCAGGACAGGGGCUGGGUGAGUCUCUCACUCUCCACCCACAGCUGGAGCUGGCAGAGGGGCCAGCGCAGCUGCAUGCCCCAGGCACAGGGAUGGCCCUCAGCAGAGUGCGGUGGGCAGGGGACCUGGGCAGCAGCAGCUCAGUGGCUGGAGGCCCCUGGCCAAAGGGGCAGUUGCAGUGGGCACGAUGCCCGCCCUCAGCCCAGCCCGGGUGUCGUCUUUCUCCCUCCUCCUCUGGACUUUGCUUCCCGGGCCCAGGCGGGGCUGGGAGGGGUGCACCUGCUUCCCUAGGUGGGGCCUCUGUGCCUGGCAACCUGGCAGAGGGCCGAGCUGAGGCCUCCUGCUCUGAGUGGACGGCCCCAGCUUGGGCUGGAAAGUGGCUGGGCUGACAGUGGGUCCAGAGGUCUCCACUCCACGGGAGGAAAGUCAAGCCAGGACACCCCAGAAGAUGGACCGGGUGACCAGGUACCCCAUCUUCAGCAUCCCGCACUCGGCACGCAUCACUGGCCUAGCGCUGGACGGAGACACCAGCUACACCAUCGAGCUGGUGGGCGUGGGGCCCGAGGAGGCUGGCUGGAACCAGGACAGGCCACAGGCCCGGUCCCCUGACCAUAAGGCCCAGAUGGACCUGGUGAAGACCGGGGCGACCCGCAGCGGGCAGGCCUUCCCUGGCCAGUGGUCCCUGAGACCAGUCUGCCUGGAGGAUGACAAGGACGGGGACAUGCAGAGUCACCACCUGGGUGCCAGCAGUGUGCUCCCCAGGCAGCAGCAGGACCUGGAGCAGGAGCGCUGGGCCGUCAUCCAGGGCCAGGCAGUCAGGAAGGGUGGCACCGGGGCCACAGUCUGCGGCACCUCUGACCACGGGGACCCCAGGCCCCUGGGCCACCUUCGGCCCACCCCCCUGGAGGAGAACAGGAUUGACAGGGAGCAGAUAGACUUCCUGGCAGCAAGACGGCAGUUCAUCCACCUGGAGCAGGCACACGCGACGAUGGCGCCCCCCAGGCCCCCCACCAGGGCUGCCCCCCCAUGUGCCCCACCAGGGGCCAGCCCAGCUCUCCAGGCCCCAGGCAAGCCUCCCCUGGCCCAUGGGAGUGUGGUCCCCAGGGAGUCCCAGGUGCGGGAGCUGUUCAGGGAGAAGAAGGGCCGUGGUUUGCCUUUGGGGUCCGGCAUCCCAGCUGUCCAGGACCCUGGCUCCCGGUCCCGGGUGGAGUCCCCAGAGGCCCCCAAGGAAACGCCCAUCGAGCGGGAGAUCCGACUCGCCCAGGAGCGCGAGGCUGACCUGCGGGAGCAGAGGGGGCUGCGUCGGGCAGCUGGCGACCAGGAGCUGGUGGAGAUCCCCACGAGGCCAGUGCUGACCAAGGUGAGCCUGGCCGAGGCCCCUCGGUGGGACCGGGGGCGUCCGUCACUGUAUGUGCAGCGGGACAUGGUUCAGGAGACGCAGCGCGAGGAGGACCACCGGCGGGAGGGCCUGCAGGCGGCACGGGCAUCCACGCCCGACUGGGCCUCUGAGCACCCCCAGCCUGGACUCAGGAGAAGCAUGAGCUCCGACUCCAUCCUUGGUCCCACUCGGGACGCCCGGGCGGCUGACCCAGCCCCAGCCUCGAGGAGAGUGAAGCGCAUCUCACCCGAGGCCUACCAGCCCUACCUGGACGCCCAGAGCCCCCAGCGGCAAGUCUCGGCCUUCGGAUCACCCAGCAAGCCCAGUGGUCUCUCCGCAGAGGGGGUCAGGGCUGUGGCCUCUCCCAAGGCCCUGGGGUCUCAGAGGCAGCUCCCAGAAUCCUCUGGAAAGCCCCUGAGCACCAAGCAGGAGUCUGCCCCGCCCCUCCGGGGACCCCUGCUGGCCAGCGAGGGCCUUGUUCGGUGGGAUCACUUCCGCCUGCGUCCUCUGCGGUUCAGGGUCCCAGAUGUCCCUCAGCAGGCUGAGGCUCCCCAGGCCCGGGGCUGGGAGGCGGCUGGGGCCCCAGUGUGGAGGUUGCAGAAGUCCCUUUCAUCGGAUCUGCUGGAGAGGGAGGUGGAGAGUGUCCUGCGCCGGGAGCGUGAGGUGGCAGAGGAGAGGAGGAGUGCUCUCUUCCCAGAGGUCUUCUCUCCGCCACCAGAGGAGGACCCUGAGCCAGACUCCAGGAGCUCCUCGCGGGCAUCAGGCAUCGUGGGCAGCUACUCUGUGUCGGAGUCACCCGUGUUCACCCCCAUCCACCUGCACUCCGGCCUGCUGUGGAAGGCAGAAGCCCCUGCAGAGGAAGCGGCUGGGCAGAUAAAGAAGGAGCUCUGGUAUGCAGGCAUCAACCCCGCGGAUCGGGUCAACUCAGAGAUCCUGGGAGCCACUCGGGUGACCCGGCACAAGAACGCCAUGGCCGAACGAUGGGAGGCUGGCCUCUAUGCCAUCGAGGGCGAGGACUGAGCCUGGGGACAGGACGUGUUACUUCUGAUUCUUCUGCCUCAGAGAAGAUGGGCCCCAACGCCCUGGGGGCGAGGAGACCAGGUGCUUGCCUGGGCCUUCUUGGGGACACUCCGCCUCCCCCUGAGGAGGCCAGGGGUCCCGCCCCACCGCCCGUGAGAUCCUCUGGCCCUGCAGGGCCGCCGAGCGCUGCCCCCACCCGGGAGCCGCCUGGGACGUCCACCGAGAAAUACACUGCCCAGCAGCCUGCCUGCUGGCCGCCUGCUGCACAAAGCCAA